AUGGAAGCCGAAGGGAGGACCCUGCAGGGUAAGCACAAGAAGGGCCGAGCAGGCGGCAGCCUCUGGCCUGAGCAGUGUCCUUUGGCCAGGCCUCUGGCCUCCACCCGAGACUCUUGCGCUCAGUCUCCCAGAGGGCUGCCGGGGGCCGGAACGGGGAGGCCCGGGGUCUCUCUCUCCCGACAGGGAGGACAGCGGGGUCUGCCGCACUCCCGCCGCCGGCACCGCACCACCUUCAGCCAGGCGCAGCUGGAGCAGCUGGAGUCGGCCUUCGGCAGCAGCCAGUACCCUGACAUCUGGGCCCGAGAGGGUCUCGCCCGGGACACAGGUCUCAGUGAAGCCAGAAUCCAGGUCUGGUUCCAGAACCGCAGAGCUAAGCAGCGGAAGCAAGAGCGAGCACUGCUCCAGCCCCUGGCCCGCUUGCCGCCCGCCACCUUCCCCUCGGGGCUCUUGCCCGAGUCUCCGGCGUGUCCCUACUACGCAGCAGCCCCUCCACCCGGGACCUGCUUCCCGCAUCCCCACAGCCACGCCCUCCCCUCCCAGCCCUCCGCCGGUGGCCGGUUCGCACUACCCCCGCCGCCGCCACCGCCAGAGGACUGGUACCCCGCCCUGCCCCCGCCCCCCGCCACUCACCUGCCCUGCCCCCCACCCCCGCCCCUGCUCCCAUUCGGCCUUGAACCGCCCAGGUCCUGGAACUAA